UCUCUCCUGGGGCUAAGCGAGGUUUGAUUCCUCUUGCUGUAAUACCUGUCAGAAAACACCUCAGGUGUGAAUAAGGUUAGUGUUUGAGUUAAAAAGUCAAAAAAAAUAAAUAUAUUGAUUUGAGACCAAUAUUCUAUCUUUACACAUUGCUUGUUGUGUAUAGGUUCUGUAACUACUUUGCUGCGAUGGCCUACUGCCCUAACUGGGUAAACUAAUUCAAAUCUUCUUAGUUGAGAUGUUCUUCUUAGAUUGUUUGAUCUCAAUUUGUAGCAUCCUCAGGAUGGAGAUGCCUGUGAUACAAGUACAGAAGUACAGGAUAUGGCUUCUAGCCAAGAAUAUUUUGGCUCCUCUUCCAAUUGGAUUUGCAGUUUUCUUUGUUCAAUUGGCCAGCAUCCCUGUUACGGGCACUGGCAUCGACCCUGCAAGAAGUCUUGGUGUAGCCAUCAUCUUCAAUAGAGACCUUGGAUGGAAUGAUCAUGUAUCUAAGCCUAUAAUGAUUGUGUCUUCAUGUUCCCAGUAUCUAUUCAUAUUCUUAGCUAAAUAACUAUUUUAUCUCUGGUUUUCAGUGGGUCUUCUAGGUUAGACCCUUCAUUGGAGCUGCUCUCGCUGCAGUGUAUCAUUAGAUAGUGAUCAAGGCCAUUCCUUAUAAGAGCCAGGCUUAAAAGGGAUCAAAUUUUUUAGCCUUUUAG